GUAGCUUGUCCGGAAGUAGCGGCGCGGGUUGUGUGAAUAUUUCGCGGGAGAUCAGCAGCGGCCACAGAGACUGUUUAACUGUCAACACGAAGUAAAACUCUCUCUGAACUCAACACGAUGAGCCUGUGGGUGGACAAAUACCGACCGACGUCUCUGGGUAAACUGGACUUCCACAAGGACCAAGCGACUCAGCUGAGAAACCUGGUUCAAUGUGGCGACUUCCCGCACUUGUUGGUGUACGGUCCAUCGGGGGCGGGGAAGAAGACCCGCAUCAUGUGUCUGCUGCGGGAGCUGUAUGGAGCUGGUGUGGAGAAGCUUCGCAUAGAGCACCAGACCAUCGUGGCUCCUUCAAAGAAGAAAAUUGAGAUCAACACAAUAGCCAGCAACUAUCACUUGGAAGUCAAUGCCAGUGAUGCAGGAAACCAGGACCGUGUGGUGAUUCAAGAGCUGAUUAAAACCGUGGCUCAGUCUCAACAGAUCCAGUCAAGCACCCAGAGAGAGUUUAAAGUGGUGUUGCUAACAGAAGUGGACAGACUCACGAAGGAUGCUCAGCACGCUUUGCGUCGCACUAUGGAAAAGUAUAUGUCCACCUGCCGGCUCAUCCUCUGCUCUACCUCCACCUCCAGAGUUAUUGGGCCAAUUCGGAGCCGUUGUCUGGCAAUCAGGGUUCCUCUGCCGAGCACGGAAGAGGUCUGUAAUGUUUUGACAUCAGUCUGUAAAAAGGAGGGUUUGCUCCUCCCGCCUGAGCUCGCCAAGCAAAUCAGUGAGAAGUCCGGUCGCAACCUCCGCAAAGCUCUCCUGAUGUGUGAGGCCUGCAGAGUGCAGCAGUAUCCGUUCUCAGUGGACCAGGACGUCCCAGAGACGGACUGGGAGGUGUACCUCAGAGAAACAGCCAAUGCCAUUGUCAGCCAGCAGAGCCCUCAGAGGUUGUUGGAGGUUCGAGCCAGACUGUACGAGCUGCUGACUCACUGCAUCCCUCCUGAGAUCAUCAUGAAGGGACUGGUGACGGAGCUGCUAAGUAACUGCGAUGGUCAGCUGAAGACGGAGGUCGCCCACAUGGCGGCUUACUACGAACACAGGCUGCAGCUGGGAAACAAAGCCAUCUACCACCUCGAGGCCUUCACAGCCAAGUUCAUGGCCAUCUACAAGAAGUUCAUGGAAGACGGUCUGGACGCCAUGAUGUUUUGACUCUGAAUGGACUUAAAUACUGUUACUUAUCUUGAAGUUGGAGAUCAACAGCACUAACAGUUUAUUUCUUGAAAUCUUUCCUCUUGGCCCACACAAGACUAAUAUUACAGAUGUACAUGUGUGUUCUGUGGCAACCCCAGUUUGAAUCUUGACAGUAGCACUGGACAGUUCAGUGAAAUACAGAUCAUACAGAACACACAAAGAAGAGAGAAUCUUCUUAACAGUGUUAAGUAGAAGAUUUACAAUAAAUUGAUUUGUUUUUCCAACAUGUAAAAAGUCUGAUAUUGCUCCAUGCACAAAACAUGGAUUUUUACCAUAAACUGUGUUUUUCCACUUCA